AUGGAAGCAUCUGAGGCACUGUCGCUGGUGCUGGGUGCGCUGUCGGUAUCUAGCGGUGUUGCGAUGCUGACGUUCGAUAUAAUUUUCGCCGUUACACUUCCGCAAUCAGCGACUCUCACUCAACCACGAAUUGAGUCUAUCGUAUCAUCAUCACUUGUUGGUGUCGAUGUGGCUUUUCUUUUGGUAAUUAUCGGGAGACAACUUCGAUAUCGAAAUGGCGCGCAUUACCAGAACGGACGAGGCCGCAGGACUACUUACCUCUUGGUUGGGAUUGGUGGGGCGCUAGGAAUUCUGUCUGCCGUAUCGUCGUCGAUGCUACUGGGUAUGACGAACAACCGGCUUCGAGAUAUUCCUCAAGAUUCUCUCAUUAUCUCGGCCAAAUUGGUGACUGCAGGCUUCGCUGUAUGGGCAGUUUACUUGCUCUCGCAAGCACUCUUCCUGAUAAGCAUGUUGAUCCUCGUUCAAAGGAAAAAGGACGUCUUAGCAGAGAGCCAACCAUAUCAUUCCGAACCACAACAAGAAAAGUUUCCGCAGAUGGUUGAGUCGACUAAGAUGCCAGCGCAUACCACGGAGCAAGAUAUCGACCAUGACCAGCGAGAAAAGUCUUCGAUGGAAUCCAGAAGUGCUGCAUCUUCCGGUGGUAGAUCCCGCGCUGGAUCGGAUGCCAUGUACUCAAUCAGGUCUUCCUUCUCGCAAGCCGUGCGCCCUAUAACAUCCAAAACACGACUUAUCCAAGGAGGACAGAAGUCUCCACACCGAGCAAUGUCCAUCAAUUCAACACAUAGUAACAUGACCGAUGGAUUCGACUCUUGGGACACAUCGGCAGUCGAUGCGCAAGCACGGCAUGCCGUCGAAGCGGUUUCUCCAACGCAAAGAUUCCUGGAAACUAUCCCAGCGAGUCCAACUACUUCACGCAGUCCUAGCCCUGGAUUCCCUCUUGAUCUUGCGCCCCCGAUGAAGAGAUCGCGAAGUCGCAGUCGCAGUCCUGCAAACCGGCAGGGCGGAAGAGAGCGCAUCCGACGCCCUCGAAAUACCAGUCCAACCGACAGCUUAAGUAUAAAUGAGGCUCAUAUCCAUCCACUUUUCCGAACGGACUCGCCCACCCCAGCCCCCGCAGCUACACCUGGCACCAUUGUCACGGCGGCUCCUAAUGCCGGAACAUUAAUCUCAGACCGGCAAAGUAUUCGAUCGAUCCAUCGAAUGCGCAGCGGAAGUCUUCCUUCGUGUCCGGGCGGGCUGGCGCACAGCGAGAGCCUGGAUAGCAUUCGGAAGAAGAUGGAGAGGGAAGAAAUCGAACGCUUGCAAGCUGGUGGAGAGCGUACCAUCACCCCACCGGUGCCUGAUUUCAUCCUGAAUGCAGGGCCACGAAAAAUUCUUUCUGGAUAUAACCUUAGGAAGAAGUCGCAGCCUGUCGCGUUGCAAAAAGUAGGAGAGUAA